UUUCGAUUCGCCAUUCAAAUCGCAUUCCCAUUUCAAAGACCAUGGCGAAAGAAGACGAGAAGCCUUCUGCGGAUGCAUGUCCCGUUGAUCACACUACACGUGCAGCCUGGUUAAAAGCCAACCCAGGAACUGCGCAUCCCUUCUCCGGCGCAUCCAAACCCGCAUCCACCUCCAGCAAUCCCACGACUCCCCCCUCCAGAUCAAUAUUUUCGAGAUUAUGGGCUUCAACGCCCUCUCCUCCGUCACCUGCAGAUUCUCAAGGACUUGCUCUGGAUCGAGAAAUUUCCACGAUCCCCCGCGCUUCUAUAGUCAACGAUUCCGACAAGCCAGCGAAUAAUGAGAAAGAAGGUGGUGUGAGCCAGAGCGGGAAUUGGAUCUACCCCUCGGAGAAAAUGUUCUUCGAAGCCAUGAAGAGGAAGGGUUAUGCUAGUGAUUCAAGUGACAUGAAGACCAUUGUGCCAAUUCACAAUGCUGUCAACGAGAGGGCGUGGAAGGAGAUUAAAGAAUGGGAACGACCUUAUGGCUCGGAACAGAAGUAAAUAUAUCCACCUUGUCUUUUCCUCUUACGAGUCUUGGUAUAUAAUGUUCAAUUGCUAAUCUUGGAAUGACAGAUGUGGAGGACCAAAAUUACAUUCCUUCCUAGGACUUUCACAGACUCUUUCCCCCAAAGCGCGAUUCAAUACCCUCCUCGGAUAUACAGCCCCAUUUGAUAGACAUGAUUGGGUAAUUGAUCGCUGUGGGACGAGAGUGGAUUAUAUCAUCGACUUUUACGCAGGCAAGAAUGAAGGGAGGGAUAAUGCGAAGUUGAACUUCUUUUUGGAUGUCAGGCCGAAGCUGAAUACUUUCGAGGGGUGGAAGAUGAGGGGGCUGAGGUUUCUUGGGAUGGUGUAGGGAUUUGGAGAUAUGGGAGUCUUGUUUGCUUGUAAAAUUUAUAUGAUGGGAUGGCGCAUUUUGGGGUUGGGAUUAGAGUUGAAAUGGACUCUCUACUUGGGUGUAUGUAUGAAUAGAGUUGGGGGGAGGUGGGGCGUACUAAAUCUGUAUAGGAGGCCAUACUCGGGUGUUUAGAAAGACGAAAAUUCUCCAAGUCAAUUUUUCGAAAUAAUCAAUGAAGGCCAUAUUUCUCAUGAUAGUUAGUGUCAAUAUUAACUUUUAC